CGUCCGGCUCGCGCGUUACCUGCAGCAGGUGUAGCUGGGCCACGAGUUGCCUCGGCAGAUGGAGGAAGCAGUCCCGAGCGUUCGUGAAGGCCACCGUCACGACCGCCCCGCCAGACCCCGCACCCGCUAGGCGAUCGCUGCUCCACAUCGUCCGGGUUCAACUCCCCCAACCCACCCGGGAGCAGAGUCCGCCCCCUUCCCGGGAAGGCCGGGCAGGCCAGGGCGUCGGAGCCCGAGAACGUCGAUCGGCCCCGCCCCCCUCUCCGCACAUCCGGCUGCUGCCACUUUCCGAUCUCUCCUCCGAGACUCUAGGGGGCGGCACGGUGCUGCUCGAAUUCUCGCUCUCAGGAAAGGAUUGUCGAUGGGGUCAAUUGUCCAGCCAAUCCAAGCACAUUUGACCCAUUCUGCUCUCUUAUUGGACGCAGAAGAGCGCGUCCGGCGGAUGUUGUUCUGGCGCCGAGGACUACAGCCGGCAAGAUGGCGUCCAGUGACGGGAAGCCGGGUUGCAUAUUCGACCACCACGUCCAGACGGCUGUGUGUGACUCGCGGGCCAAGUACCGGGAGGGCCGACGCCCUCGUGCGGUCAAGGUAUAUACAAUCAAUUUGGAAUCUCAGUACUUAUUAAUACAAGGCGUUCCUGCAGUGGGAGCCAUGAAGGAAUUAGUUGAGCGAUUUGCUCUGUAUGGUGCCAUUGAACAGUAUAACGCUCUAGAUGAAUACCCAGCUGAAGAAUUUACAGAAGUUUAUCUCAUUAAAUUUGUGAAAUUACAGAGUGCAAGGAUAGCUAAGAAAAAGAUGGAUGAACAGAGUUUCUUUGGUGGAUUACUUCAUGUGUGCUAUGCUCCAGAAUUUGAGACAGUUGAAGAAACUAGAAAAAAGUUAGAAGAGAGAAAGGCUUAUAUUGCAAGAGCUACUAAAAACAAAGACUACUACAUGACAAAGAAGAAACUGGUUCCAGAGCAAAGAGGAAGGAAAGAUUCUAGACAAGAUUUCCAUCCACAUAUGCCUGGAUCUUGUACAACCGCUCUGAACACUUCUCCUGAGAAUUCUAGUCCUUGUCUUCCUUAUUCUUGUGACUUGUCUUUAUGCUGUUCUGCUGCCCAAAGCACGUGUUUACCUGGGGCAGGUGUGCACAGAGCAUCAGUUGCCUGUACUAGCGGUAGGAACCAUAGUGAACUACCAAAGCAUCGUAACCACAGUGCCUUUCUCCCAAAACUACAGAGGAGCACUUACAAAAAUUCACUACCUUGCUCUAGUGUGCAAGAGGCCAUUGCUACCUCAGAGUCAGUUGGCAGAUUUAUGCCCAGGACAACACAGCUGCAGGAGAGGAAAAGAAGGCGAGACUGUGGUCGUGAACUUGGAGCUUUUCCUGAAACAAACACAGGCAGUAACGAGGCUGUGAUUGGACCUAAGUUACCAGGUAUUACCACCGUGGAUCUGCAGGAUGAUUCCUUGAAUACAACGGCAAACUUAAUUCGGAGUAAACUUAAAGAGGUGAUUUCAUCUGUGCCAAAGCCUCCAGAGGACAGAUUGGAAGAUGUGCAUCUAAGUCACCUACAAAAACAAAGAAGAAGAAUAUAGCUUGCCAGCCAGUUAGUCUUGUCUUCUCUUUCUUUUCUCUUUUUGAGGUGGGGUCUCACUGUGUAGC